AUGGUUUAUCGGCAAAUAUCUUUGGCAAAACACGUGACAGUACUGGAGGUUGUGAUGGCAUUUAAGGAAGAGCUGUUUGUGGACAGAUUGUUGUGGGUGAUUCCGGUGUUCACCUGGUGCAUUUCGAUAGCGGUGGCCGAGCGAAUGGUGAUUUGGCGAAUGAAAUUGGAGCAUGAUCAAAGUGGCGAGACAAUAUAUCGGAUCAGACAGGCGUAUGUAGAGGUCAGAGCGGCUAUUUCGCACCUAGACCAAUCGCUUAAAUUGAUCUAUGUGAUAAUCACAUCACAAAACAUUAAAGAGUACAAUCGGUUCAAUGAGAUGAUGGUAUUUGUAGUAAUCGGUUGUAUCGUUAAACUCAACGCCGACUGUCUUAUCAAUGGUUUCGUAUAUCAAGAAUCGGAGAAAUUGUUGUCAGUAUUGGACUCAUUGGAUAUAAUGAAUGCUAAAUACAGUGAACAAGAUUUUCGGGAAGUAUUGCUGUUUAAAUCGUUGGUCACAACUCCGGUCACAAUCGGGUUCACUAUCGGAGGGAGUGUAGUCUUUCUGAAUGGCAUCAGACCUGCGAUAGUGAACCCGCACUUCACGUCCGAUCGCAUCGACACAAACAGCACAGUCUCUGUCACCGAUCGGCUGUCAGACAUCCCGGUGUCCAUCGAGUCUAUGGCCCGAAAUAGUCGGUCCGAUUCGUCGUAUACCAGGCCAUGGAUGAGACAAUUGCCCCCAUUAUCUAAAUCACUGAUCGUAUCCCUAAUCCUGAUAUAUUCCAUCCUUAUUCUGGCCAUUGUGUGCAGCCGUCUAUCUCUUUCCAAUACGACACGCAUUUCAUUCAACCGCCCACUUAUGGCUAUCGAUAAUGACCACGUGGUUACCGGCACUACCAUAAUGGCCGGCAUACGAAACAGACAAUCUGGCACAACAUUCAACAAACGUACCAUAUUAAAUUGUGUACCACUUAAUGCCUGGUACGCAACAAAUAAAUACGUAAUACAGUGCAACUUCUCCAUAGGGAACGGCCAGUUGCACGGCAAAAGUGUUCCCUAUAGGGAGGGUUCCUCCAAGGGAGUUCCUAAUGGGGAGGCAAUUCUGCAGGCAAUCGACCGAAUGAGUCGGGGCUACGAGUGUUCGGCAAAUGGGAAGCAAAUCGUGUUGAAUGAGGAGACGUUAGUGGGGGUGGAGAAGGAGGCGAUGCUGUCUCUAUGGUUUAUAUCAUACACGGCCUUAAUAUUAGAGAAGAGCGAACAAAACACUAUCAAUGAUAACUUGGAUUCAACUGCAGUCGAGAAGUCGAUUCGGGGUAUAAUAAGUGCCGACAUUGAUAUCACCGGCGCUGACAUUAAUCAAUGCGAUUCAAGACAUGAGUAUUACGAUCACAAUUACAAUUCCGUUGUCCUCACACUUUCCGGGACUCAUAAAUGCCAUCACCAAACGAGUCAAUGCAUAUUUACAAGAGGUGUCGGAUGGUUGAGAGGUGGUUACAAAUGCCGGUGUCGUAAUGGCUAUCAUUCAGCGGUCGCUAAUUUGGGUCCAAUGUUCAACGGAUCUGUUGUGGAGCAGGCCUUUGAAGACAAAAGCAAUGGCAAAAACCCGUCAUAUGACUACAUGUUCUUUUGCAAGAGAUGUGCCGACGGCUGUGAUGUCUGUCAAAAUGAUUCGCCGUGUCUUUCAUCUUACAACUGGGCGUUUAGGAUAUCUCUGCUCACAAUAACCCUACUUUGUAUCAUAUUUACGGUCGUUUUGGGAACUUAUAUCUACAGAUUUCGAAAACUAAAAGUAAUAAAAGUUGCAUCACCCGUAUUCUUGUGCAUCACAUUAUUGGGCUGUUCUAUCAUGUAUUCAGAGACUGCGGCAAUAUUUCCAGUACUUGAUGUGUGGACGUGUGUAUUGACCAAAUGGACGAGACAUUUAGGAUUUUGUGUCACAUAUUCUGCAUUACUAUUAAAGACGUGGAGAGUUUCGCUGACAUAUAGAGUGAAAUCGGCUCAUAAACUCAAAUUGACGGACAAACAGCUUCUUCAAUGGCUUUUCCCAAUCCUGUUAGUGAUGGCCAUAUAUCUGAGCACUUGGACCAUCAGUGCUCCUCCAGAAGCCAUCUAUUUGAUUGAUUGGAAUGGACUCAAGUUCAAGCAAUGCGAUUACAACUGGUGGGACCACAGCCUUGCCAUUGUGAUUCUGCCGAACGCCGGACCAGACAUUAAAUACUUUUUUGGUUUUAUAAGAACACAAAUGAGUACAACGACUACUGUUAUAUUGAUAUUUGGUCCAAAGUUCUACAGAGUAAUCAAAGGUGAGGGAGAUUUAUGGGACAAUAGGGUUCGGGCGCGAGGAGUGACGGCGUCGUUCUCACUGAACGGUGUGGGACUCGUUCACGAAGAGACCACUGACUUGUAUCAGGAAAAUGAAGAGCUCAAGGAAGAGAUCCAGAAACUCGCGUCUCAGGUGGAGAUUAUGAAGAUUUGUCAAAUGGAGUUCAAGAAUAGACAUCUUCCUAAACCUAAAUACGGCACACAAUCUCACAAUAACUCUAAUAUAAUCAACAUCUCAACCAAUCCUAUCUCAGGCUCGCAAACAAACAGUCAGAGCCCUAUUGUUAAAGCAAUUUAUAGUAAAUUUGAAACCAAUGAUCCAAAUUCACAACGAAUUUCCCCAAACGCUGAGCUCAUCAGUGAAAAAGUCUAAUCAUAUAAUAUAUUCACAAAUCAAUUAUUGUAAUUAUUAAUUCUAAAUUACAUAAUUCAAUAUUCAUGUUAUUAUAUAGAAUGUAUAGUAGAACCAUAAAAACAAGUCAAACAAAUGUAAACUUAGGGACCAUAAUAAAAAUAAAAUAAUUUAUUAAUGUUUAAAA